AUGACGAAAUUGAUGGUUAGAUCUGAAUGCAUGCUGCGAAUGGUGCGGCGGCGGCCGCUGCGUGUGCAGUUUUGUGCUCGAUGGUUCUCCACAAAGAAGAAUACCGCAGAAGCACCCAGGAUUAAUCCUGUGGGGAUACAGUAUUUAGGUGAGUCUUUGCAAAGACAGGUAUUUGGUAGUUGCGGUGGUAAAGAUGAGGUGGAGCAAAGCGACAAACUUAUGGAGUUAUCGAAAAAGUCGCUAAAGGACCAUGGGUUGUGGGGGAAGAAGACGCUCAUCACGGAUCCAAUAUCGUUUCCUCUGCCGCCACUACAAGGCAGGUCGCUAGAUGAGCAUUUCCAGAAGAUUGGGCGUUUCAAUUCUGAACCGUACAAGAGUUUUUGCGAGGACAAGUUCACGGAGAUGGUGGCACGACCGGCGGAAUGGCUGCGGAAGCCAGGCUGGGUUAAAUACGUACCUGGAAUGGCACCCGUCGAAGUGGCAUACCCAGACGAAGAGCUGGUGGUGUUUGAUGUAGAAACACUCUAUAACGUCUCUGACUAUCCGACUUUGGCCACGGCCUUGUCAUCGACGGCGUGGUACCUUUGGUGUUCGCCGUUCAUAUGUGGUGGUGAUGAUCCUGCUGCACUGAUACCCCUAAACACAUUGAAUAAAGAGCAAGUAAUAAUUGGUCACAAUGUUGCGUAUGAUAGGGCACGGGUUCUCGAAGAAUACAACUUCAGGGACUCGAAGGCGUUUUUCCUCGACACUCAAUCUCUGCAUAUUGCAUCUUUCGGGCUGUGUUCAAGACAACGUCCGAUGUUCAUGAAGAAUAACAAGAAAAAAGAGGCAGAAGUGGAAUCGGAAGUACAUCCAGAAAUUUCCAUAGAAGAUUAUGACGACCCUUGGUUAAAUGUGUCUGCUUUAAACUCGCUAAAGGAUGUAGCGAAAUUUCACUGCAAGAUAGAUCUUGAUAAGACUGAUAGAGAUUUCUUUGCUUCCACAGAUAAAUCAACGAUAAUAGAAAAUUUCCAAAAACUGGUCAACUACUGCGCCACUGACGUAACGGCCACAAGCCAAGUGUUUGAUGAGAUUUUCCCUGUUUUCCUGAAAAAGUGUCCUCAUCCAGUUUCGUUUGCAGGUUUAAAGUCCUUAAGCAAAUGCAUUCUGCCGACGAAGCUAAACGACUGGAAUGAUUACUUGAACAGCUCUGAGUCUUUGUACCAACAGUCCAAAGUCCAGAUAGAAUCCAAAAUUGUUCAAAUCAUAAAAGAUAUCGUCCUGUUGAAGGACAAACCAGAUUUUUAUCUCAAGGAUCCCUGGUUAUCACAAUUGGAUUGGACCACCAAACCUUUAAGAUUGACAAAGAAAGGUGUUCCUGCAAAGUGUCAAAAGCUGCCCGGCUUUCCAGAAUGGUAUAGACAACUUUUUCCCUCAAAGGACACUGUAGAACCUAAGAUCACUAUUAAAUCAAGAAUAAUUCCGAUUUUGUUCAAGUUAUCGUGGGAGAAUUCCCCCGUAAUAUGGUCGAAGGAGUCUGGAUGGUGCUUCAACGUGCCCCAUGAACAAGUAGAAACAUACAAGGCUAAAAAUUAUGUUUUGGCAGAUAGCGUAUCUCAAGAGGAAGAGGAAAUAAGAACGCAUAACCUAGGAUUGCAAUGCACAGGUGUUCUUUUCAAAGUACCUCAUCCCAAUGGGCCGACUUUUAAUUGCACUAAUCUUUUAACCAAAUCGUAUAACCAUUUUUUUGAAAAGGGCGUACUAAAAUCUGAGUCAGAAUUGGCUCAUCAGGCUUUACAAAUUAACUCUUCAGGGUCUUAUUGGAUGUCAGCAAGGGAAAGAAUCCAAUCCCAAUUUGUAGUCCCCAGUUGUAAAUUCCCUAAUGAGUUCCAGUCUUUGUCCGCAAAAUCGUCGUUAAAUAAUGAGAAGACAAAUGAUCUUGCCAUAAUUAUACCGAAAAUCGUCCCCAUGGGCACAAUCACUAGAAGAGCUGUGGAAAAUGCGUGGUUAACCGCAUCCAAUGCAAAAGCAAAUAGGAUAGGUUCCGAAUUGAAAACUCAAGUCAAAGCUCCUCCAGGUUAUUGUUUUGUUGGGGCGGACGUGGAUAGUGAGGAAUUGUGGAUAGCAUCUUUAGUCGGUGACUCCAUUUUCAAUGUUCAUGGUGGUACCGCCAUUGGUUGGAUGUGUUUAGAAGGCACUAAAAACGAAGGUACAGAUUUGCACACGAAGACUGCUCAAAUUUUGGGGUGUUCUCGUAAUGAGGCGAAAAUUUUUAAUUAUGGUAGAAUUUACGGCGCUGGUGCUAAAUUUGCGAGUCAGUUACUUAAAAGGUUUAACCCAUCUCUAACUGAUGAAGAGACAAAAAAAAUUGCGAAUAAGUUAUAUGAAAAUACGAAAGGUAAAACGAAAAGAUCAAAAUUAUUCAAAAAAUUUUGGUAUGGUGGAUCUGAGUCAAUUCUAUUCAAUAAAUUAGAAAGCAUCGCGGAACAAGAAACUCCAAAGACACCGGUACUGGGAUGUGGUAUUACCUAUUCACUUAUGAAGAAAAAUCUGAGGGCGAAUUCCUUUCUACCUUCAAGAAUCAAUUGGGCCAUCCAGUCAUCUGGAGUGGAUUAUCUACAUCUUCUUUGUUGCUCCAUGGAAUAUAUUAUUAAGAAAUAUAACCUUGAGGCAAGGCUUUGCAUUUCCAUCCAUGAUGAGAUUAGAUUUUUGGUGAGCGAAAAGGACAAAUACAGAGCUGCUAUGGCUUUGCAAAUCAGCAACAUAUGGACGAGAGCAAUGUUUUGCCAGCAAAUGGGGAUAAAUGAAUUACCGCAAAACUGUGCCUUUUUCUCGCAAGUAGAUAUUGAUUCUGUCAUACGUAAAGAAGUCAAUAUGGACUGCAUAACCCCCUCGAACAAAACCGCCAUUCCUCAUGGGGAGGCGCUUGAUAUCAAUCAACUGCUAGACAAAUCCAAUAGUAAAUUGGGUAAACCAAAUCUCGAUAUCGACAGCAAAGUAUCACAAUAUGCCUAUAACUACAGAGAACCUGUAUUUGAAGAAUAUAAUAAAUCUUAUACUCCAGAGUUCUUAAAAUAUUUUCUUGCGAUGCAAGUCCAGUCAGAUAAGCGCGAUGUGAAUCGGCUAGAAGAUGAGUAUCUGCGGGAGUGUACAUCCAAAGAAUACGCUAGAGAUGGGAACACUGCAGAGUACAGCCUCCUAGACUAUAUAAAGGAUGUCGAGAAGGGCAAAAGGACUAAAGUACGUAUUAUGGGAUCCAAUUUUUUAGAUGGUACCAAAAAUGCCAAAGCUGAUCAACGAAUCAGAUUACCUGUCAAUAUGCCAGAUUAUCCCACACUUCAUAAAAUUGCUAACGAUUCAGCAAUCCCAGAAAAGCAAUUGCUGGAGAACAGGAGAAAGAAGGAAAACAGGAUAGAUGACGAAAAUAAGAAAAAAUUAACCAGAAAAAAGAAUACCACGCCUAUGGAAAGGAAGUACAAAAGAGUGUAUGGUGGCAGGAAGGCAUUUGAAGCGUUCUAUGAAUGUGCAAAUAAACCGUUAGACUAUACUUUGGAGACAGAAAAACAAUUCUUUAAUAUUCCUAUAGAUGGAGUGAUUGACGACGUUCUGAACGACAAAUCUAAUUAUAAAAAGAAACCAUCACAAGCAAGAACGGCAUCAUCAUCGCCAAUAAGAAAGACUGCGAAAGCAGUACAUUCCAAAAAAUUGCCGGCAAGGAAGUCAAGCACUACAAAUAGAAAUUUGGUUGAGCUGGAAAGGGACAUUACUAUUUCUAGAGAGUACUAG